AGGCACACCAGAGUGGGACAAGCACGGAUACUAUACUACGCUUCGAUACCAUUAUUCCGGACUUCGUCAAAACAUUCACUCUCCAGGUCAACAGCGACAAGGCACGACUUUGCGACAUCUACAAAGCCAUUGUUCAGAUUGCCAUUGAUUUGGUCAUUGACAUUGCGAUCGGGGUUUUCACAGAUGGCGUAGGCCAAGUUUUGGUCAAUAGACUGCAAGAAAUGGUCGAAAGGGAGGUCACAAAAACCACGCAUCUAAUUCAAGCUCAACGUUUCAAGAAUGCUUUGGCAAGACUCGAAAAAGACUUGAAGGGCAUCAAUUUAGAUGGGGAAAUCAAGACGAUCGCAGACAGCCUCGGGAGGAUCAAGGCGCAGAAGCACACUGCAUUGAGGGAUAUAGAAGGCAAGAUAUUAGAGCACACGAAGUCCGGGCCGGAGGGGAGAACCCGCAAAAAAUAUUUGGAGAAGCUUGAGAGGCUCGAGCAGGAGAAGAAGGCCGUACAAUUAUCGUUGAAGGACGUUGGGCUGGUGCAUGCCACUUACGUGAAGCAGGGCUUGGAAGGCGACGAAGCCAAAGAAGCAACACUAAAAGCCGCAGUCAGUUAUAUAAAGGGAGAUUGGGUCGAGCCUGAGCACCUGGAAAACACUCUUCACAGUCUAGGGAUUCUCAACUUGGACAAGCAGCCUAUACUGUCGCCGGAGGAUGCGCUUAAGAACGUUGACUUUCCCCUUUCGAAAACUGCCGAGGACUGGAGCAAAACUUUGGUGACCAAUAUAGCACAACAAAUGGCGUGGAACCAACUGCAACAUAUACCACAGCAAUGGUUCAUGAACUACUACCAUCAUGGCGAAAAGUGGAGCGCCGAUGGACACAAAGAGGGAACCACCUGGGAAAAUGCUCUGACUAACAACAAUAAGUGGAGUGCCGAUAGAAGCCAAGAGGAAACCACUUGGAUAAAUACUCUGACAAACAGCAAAGCCUAUAGAGCUUGGCCCAGGAAUAAACUGAAGGAGCACCGCGAACAGGCACAAGCUGGGCUCAAAGGAGGCGUCGUCGAGUUGCCAACGAUAAUUGGUGGGUCCGGAACAGGCUGGAUCUGCUCGGAAUUUGAAGGAGACUGGAAGGACCUAAACUCGGAGAACAUUGAUUUGUUGAGACAGCGGUACAAUGCCGAACUGCACAACGGGAGAAGACAGGUGUGGAUGCUAUACAAGGACAUGUACGACGGCGCCGUUCCGGAGCCCGGGCGUCCGUCGAUGGUUGCUAGGUGGAUGCUGGCUCGUAAAUGGGUUGGGAAGAAUGAAGAGGGUACGAUCGAAUAUGAUUUGCACCAUGCUGAGGAUUUUCAUAAGAGAUUUGAACUCGGAUAUAUCAAAGAUUUGGCUUCUGUAACUCUUUCUGCUGGAUACAAUUACGUGAAAUGUUCACACCGAGAGGACGCCAUUGAAAAAUGUACUAAAACUGGAGAUGAGUACGAAUCGUUAUUUUGUCCGGAACCAGAGACGGAUCCGACUUUGGUAUGCCAAGCAGCUAGGUGGUACUUCUCAAAUACUGAGCCUCACGAAAUCGACAUGGUUGCCAUCAGAUCGAUUGAGAAGUUCGGCGCCCUGCAUGGCUUCUCUUUUAACAAAAAUGAAAUGCUGCAGGAAAUUUGGGAAAGCUAUAAGAAGUUUGGCAACCAUUGGGGUGCGCGGGACUGGGGAAUCAGAAGCAUUGAAAUUGGAGACCACCCCCGCGGCUUUCACAUCCCGGUGUGCAUGUACGACGAUAACACAUUCGAUACCCACGAACACCAGCGCCUUUGGUGGAAGAACUUCAACUUCCCAGCUACCUGUGGGAACCACGCGGCCAACGAGACUGCGGAUUUCAUGAACGCGUUGACCCUGGGUCCAGGGAGUGCGAAGCACAAAAAAACGGAUUGGACCUUUGCAGACCGAGUACCUCGGGUUCUGUGGGACAAAUCGCCGUACACGACGUACAUGUCAAUGUGCGAACUAGGGCUCCGCUGGCCACACAAGGACUUCGACGACAACCAUUUCUGGAAUCGCUACACCGUCAAAACAAGCAAAGACACAGUAGACAAAUACCGAAACUGCGGGAAGCGAGGCUGGCCAGACUGUCCUGAGGGCUUUAAAGACCGUGACUGGGGAGACCAAGACUGCGCGAUGAUCAAGAUUGCCACGCUGCACAUGGACGAACUCGAGGCGAACGCAGCAUUAUGUACUAAUGCUAUGGGCCACACUAUCUUCGAGCGCGACGCACCGCAUGUUUGGGCAGGGCUGUACCCGCUGAGCAAAUGGCAAAAUAAUGAAUACCGUUGCGGGGAAUGGCUCGGCAACCAUGGCGUAAGGACGAUGGAAGCAGUGUCGAAGCGUACGCUUGAUGCAGCGGAGAUGGGAAUAGGGAACCAAACGCUGCCUGAACCUCUGACGAUGGACGCUGCGAGUACCUUGGAUUACCUGUCACCAAAUGCCACGGUCUGGGACCAAGCUCCAAAGGCCAAUGUCACAGAGGAGGAGCAACGUCACUCUGCAGAUGUCCUAGCUGGGUGGGAGAAUGAUCUUUCAUUGAAACCUGUCACUUCUAAAGGAGACGGACGAUGAAUGAAUUGUGGCGGAAGGUGAUUUGUCGAUCUUGGGUGUUUUAAUUGGAGUUUGUGGAGUUGAAGAAAUAUCCGAUAGCAGUAGAUGUUUUCUUUGCUUGUAG